GUUACCACGGCUUGCCAUAAGUAUGGAGGUUUAAAGGCCGUGAAAAUAGUCUGUUUGCGAGGUCUCUCCGUUGUUGCCUGUAUAGUCUCCAUCGGGGAGGGGGUUUGGUGAAUGCAGGAGUGGUCAGAGGCAGAUCAGCCGGGAACACCGGGAGAGACACUGCGGAGAACUCGGACAACCACAUCUUCAACUGGACUUAAUGCAACGUUUACAAUUAUGCAUUUUUACUCUUUAGCACUUAUUGCGCAACAGAGCUUACGGAUCCUUUGAAUUUGUCAUUUUAUUAUUAUUAUUUCUUUCUUUGGCAUCCAGAAAUAACAAUUUGCGCUUUUGGCGGUGAAUCCUCAUCUUACUUUGGUAUGGAGGUACUGCAGAGGCAAGAUGAGUUCUGAUACAGAUCAUGCCGUGAACUUCUUGAGUAAUGCUUCCUCCGAACUGUCCGACGUCUCCAAUUCGAGCUCCGCGGGCAACGGGACCGAACCGAGCUCGUUCAGUCUCCGCCGUGCGAUUCCACUGGGCAUGGUUCUGGGCGCUUUUAUUGUGUUCGCUAUCGUGGGCAACAUUCUCGUUAUUCUCUCCGUGGUGUGCAACAGGCACCUGCGCAUCCCUACCAACUACUUCAUCAUCAAUUUAGCCAUGGCAGACCUGUUGCUGAGCACCACUGUCCUGCCGGUGUCCGCCACGCGUGAAAUUCUCAACUACUGGGUGUUCGGGAGGAUUUUCUGUGACAUCUGGGCUGCGGUGGAUGUGCUGUGCUGCACCGCGUCCAUCAUGAGCUUGUGCGUCAUCUCCAUAGACCGCUACAUCGGGGUGCGUUACCCGCUGCAGUACCCGAGCAUUGUGACCGAGAAAAGGGCGCUCUUGGCCAUGCUGGGUGUUUGGGUUCUUGCCUUUGUCAUCUCUAUAGGACCUCUGCUCGGGUGGAAAGAGCCUCCUUCGGAGGACGAGACAGUGUGCCUCAUCACGGAGGAGCCGUUUUACGCGCUCUUCUCCUCGCUGGGCUCCUUCUACAUCCCUUUGGCGGUGAUUCUGGCCAUGUACUGCCGAGUGUAUAUAGUAGCCAAGAGAACCACUAAAAACCUCGAGGCUGGAGUGAUGAAGGAGCACAUGGACUCUAACGAGCUGACGCUCCGGAUUCAUUAUAAAGGCUCUCAGACGCAGGAUGACUGCAGCAAGGGCCACAUGAGGAGCUCGCUGACAGUCAAACUGCUCAAGUUUUCUAGAGAAAAGAAAGCUGCUAAAACGCUUGGUGUUGUUGUGGGCAUGUUUAUCCUCUGCUGGUUACCAUUUUUCCUCGCAUUACCCAUCGGGUCGUUUAACACCAGUUUACGUCCUCCUGAAACAUUCUUCAAAGUGAUCUUCUGGCUGGGCUACUUCAACAGCUGCCUGAACCCCAUUAUUUACCCCUGUUACAGCCGUGAGUUCAAGCAGGCCUUCAUUCGGAUCUUACAGUGCCAGUGUCAGCAGAGGAAACAACAGGGAUGGAGGGCAUACAACUACCGCGUCCAGACGGCCUCGGCCAACCAGGUUUACACAGACACCAGCUCUAUUUGCAUGAACGGCAGUCAGCAGACCCUGGCACCAAUGCAACCCAGCCCAAUGUUAUUCAGCAGAGUUGGUGGCUCUCGUCCGGCUUCAGGCCUUCUUCCAGGCUGGGGCCCCUGUACCUCCUCUUCCUCUUCCUCCUUAUCUGGGAGCCCUUCUCCUGGUACAAUGAGAGCCAGCUCUAGGGCGACGAGUCCUUGCAAAAGUAACAGGAUGGCUUUGCUGUUAUCCAGUGGGUCCCAGCAUGCCAGUGGACAGAAUGGGAAGCGAGAGACAGAGCAUGGGCUGAUAUCUAGACACACGCCUGAGACUACAAUCUAGAUUGAUGGUGAUAUUGACUUUCAUGCCAGUGAUUUCUCUGUCUCUCAGUUCUUUCUGGAUGGAUCUGAUGCAGUAUUGUAGAAAUGAAAUACAUUGGGAAUCUUCUCAUGCAUGUCAACAUUGUUUAAUUUGAGUCACAGUUUGCUAUGUAACAAAUAAUGAACAGUUAGCCGGUAAUUACCACAAAAUAAACCCCGCCCAGGUGAUUAGGAUACAGAUGCAAACAAGUAAAUAAAUGGGCAUGAAAAAUUGGUUUUGAGUUGAUAUUAUUUUAUCUGCAUAUUCUUAAAGCAUCACUAAGAAAAAAAUAGUCCAUACAAAUCAACUGACAUAGCAAAAAGUUAAACACGGCAACAAAAGAGUAAUAUUUUUAAGACUAUUUUUUACUUGAAAGCUUGCAGUUGACAACUAAGACGCAUGACGGAGGCAGUUGCGUAUGUGUAAAACGAGAGAGAAUGAGUCUGGGUUUUAUGUUAAGAAGAUUGACUGGGUCGUCAUGCGUGACUGAGUGAAUAAGUGCAACUGUUCCCUCUGCCUUGGUUCCAGAAGUAUUUUUACUCCUAUUUUCCCAUAGAGAGUUUUAUAAGCAUAAACCAAACAAACCAGCUACGAGAUGAAUCACAACAAUGCAAACUUUGAUUUAAAGCAAAAACAUAUUUGUACAUUUGCACAAGACUCUGUACUUUAAUGGCUUCAGUGAAGGAAACAGUCCCAUGAAGUAUUGGAACUUUUUAUUCAUUUAAAGGGAUAGUUCACCCAAAAAUAAAAAUUCUGUCAUUACUCACCCUCAUUUUAUUCCAGACACAUAAGACCUUCUUUCAUCUUCAGAACACAAAUUAAGUUUUCUUUUGUUGAAAUCCGAGAGCUUUCUGACCCUCCAUAGACAGCAAUGAAACUGAAACAUUCCCAGCCACAGAAGGGUGGGAAGGACAUUGUUAAAAUAAUACGUGACAUCAGUGGUAAAAUUGUAAUAUUAUGAAGCUACGAGAAUUAUUUUUGAGUGCAAAGAAAAGAAAAAUAAUAACUUUAUUUAACAAUUCUCUUCUUCUGCAUCAGCAUCCGCCCACAUUCAUGAGAGAAGCAUGACACAACAGGGUCAGAAAGCUCUCAGAUUUAAUAAAAAAUAUCUUAAU